AUGCCCACGGACGAGUAUCCCGAGGACCCACCCCCACGUCCUGUCAGGCCAGACGAGCCCGGCACCCCUGGCAACCUCGCCGUGAACCCGAUUCCCCGAAAGGCCCACGAGGUGAAGAGACGGAAUCGGCGGCGCGCCAUGCCAGACACUCUCAAUCUGCGGCAGCUAGUUCUCAAGAAGAUGGCUUACAUUCGGCAUUCCCAGGUCCAGGAGGCGAGGGCCCUCCACGCCUUCGAAUGCCUGCACGGGGUGGAGAGCCCGGUGGAAGAAGAGAUUGUCGGCCUCGAAAGCCCACUGGUUGAGUACUAUGAGGGCGAGGAGAUUCAAGAGUACGACAGCGAGCCGGCUGCGUGCGACAGCAUGGUGUUCUGA